GCACGUAAACAAUGACGUCACUAGACCCUCUCUACUCUGAUUGGCUGACUUUACAUAUGAUGUGUCGUCACGCCACACAUCGUUCCGUUUUGAGGGGCCAUAUUUUUACGAACCGAAACUUAAAUGAGUCCCCUCAAAGUAAAACUGAUGUCGCUUUGAAUGUGACAUCAUUGGUGCCUACGCAAUUUGGCCAAAAUACGAUCAUUAGUGGCUAUACCUCGUCUAUUUGUAUUAUAGGCGACAGACAGACAAGUGAAUGCAAGUCAUUGAUAAGUGCACGAAGUUUAUCGACUCAAGCAAUUUCAAUAACCAAUGAACCAACUGUCGACAUAUCAAAUAUAGGAAAUCAAAAGUCAUUGACACUACAAAACUAAGCGGUUAUCCUGCCUUUCGCGAUGGGAGUGAUAUUUUUAGAGCACAUUGGCGGCACUCGCCUAUUUUCCUGUGCGUCGUGCGACACUAACCUCACCAAUCGUGGACAGUUGAUCAGCACGCGCUUUACGGGAGCAACUGGUCGGGCUUUUCUCUUUAACAAAGUCGUCAACCUUAAUUAUAGUGUCUGGCUCUUGCAAGGGAUCUCGAAGUACAGGAUAGAGUGAUGCUAACAGGGCGUCAUAUGGUGCGGGAUGUCAGCUGUAAGAACUGUGAUGCCAAACUUGGAUGGGUCUAUGAAUUUGCUACGGAUGACAACCAGAGAUACAAGGAGGGACGAGUGAUUUUGGAGAGAGCCCUUGUCACAGAAAGUGAUGGCAUGGGAGAGAAUAUUUAAAAUUUGUUGCCAUAAAUAGCAGGGAAUGCUGAACUUCUUAAAAUCUUUUUCUUGUAGUAUUGUACCAGAGAAUUGUGGUUUCUGGUGAUUGUGUAAUUUGAAUAAUUUGUCGUGUUAUUAUAUGCCAUUUUUCUAAUGUAAUUAUUUAUAACUUACUUUCAUAUUUGAUAUUUCUAAAAAAAAUGUUCAAAUAUAUUAUGAGUGUUUUCAA